UACAGCAGGUAAUAUUUAAGACCAUAACUCUAAGGCAGCAUUGGUGGAAAAUCUACAAUAGGCUACACAUAUAGUUUAAGCGGUUGGACCCUACAGACACAAGGAAGUUUUGUGUUACAGGAUUACGGCGAAAGUGUGCGCUUCAGUUGAAAGAACAGACAGGCGGAACAGAACAGACAGUGUUGAUGAAUCACAUUUUCCACGAAUAUCGUUUUAGAGGGAUUAUCCAAGACGCGGCAUUUGGGAAGGACGGAAAUUCUCAUCUACAGGAGUUCAGUCUUGAAGACGCUUUUACAUGUUUCGCUCUGUGCUAAAUUUGACAGCGACCUAGAAAAACGACCACAUGUAGAAAUGCCAUCAGGAUAUGAAAAAAGAUGUAUCGGAUUUGAUAACCGUUCGCGAAGGUCUGGAGAGAAUUAUAUUAUAAUUAUGCAUUUGUGAAGAUGGAUUUAGUAUGUGGAUUCCAGUUAACUGGACUUCACCUAUUACAGUUUUCUUCUUUUAACUUGAACAUUGGUGGUGGUGGAAUUUCUUAAUUUGUGAGAGUGGAAUUUGCCGUUCUGUCGAGGAAUGUUGCUGGAACUCUAGUUGCUGGAGCUACAGUAAGAGAGCUCUCGUAAAGCACUUAUGGAACUCCAGGUGCUGUGUGGAUUGCUCUAUUGCUUUCUACUGCCGACUUUCUUACUAACAGCCUGCCUGUUUCGGUAUAAUGCCCUAUCACUCAUCUACCUUCUGUAUCUGCUGCUGUUGCCAUGGUUUCCCUGCCCCAACAAACAAACACUACAAGGGCGCACAGGAGGGUUCAUCAAAGCCCUUUUCAGCACCAGCCUGCUCUUCCUGUUGGCCCAUGUAGCCUUCCAGAUCUGCCUAUACUCUAUCCCAAGACUAGAGGAGGAACUGAGUCAUAACUGCAGCCCAUGGGAGACUUUAUCAAGACAUGUCGGAGUGUCCAGACUGCCCCUGGAGCAUCCCUGGAGUGUCCUGCGUCUGCUCACCCCUGACCUGGGCAUCUUCAUUAUAUCACUGGUAGCCCUGGUCCUGUGUAACCGGCUGCUGAAGCAGAAGGAUGAGGCACCAGACGAGGACCAGGCCAAUGAGCCAGAGCCUGUAGAGGAGGGAGAGGAAGGUGCAGAGGUAGAGGAGAAUGAGGGAGAGGAUGAGGGCAGGUCAUGCCCCAGCGAGCCAGAGGAGGAUCAUCUCCCAGCAAAGCGCACUGUCCUGCUGGCUGCCCGACUUCGAGCCACUGCCCAGAGGUUGCUCAGAGACAUGGGCAGGGUUCUCUGCGUUGUGCUGCUGGCGCUAGCAGGAAUUACAGUGCCCUCAGCCUUCUCUGGAUUUUACUAUCUGCUUUUCAUUGGAGUGUGCACUUGGUGGGCCUGCCACUUUCCCAUCAGCCACCUGGGCUUCAAUGCAUUCUGUGUGAUGGUGGGCGUUUUCACAGCAGGACACCUGGUCUGUCUGUACUUGUACCAGAGUGCUUAUGCCCAGGAAAUCUUUCCCCCAGCUGGACUGUGGGCCAGGAUUUUUGGCUUCAAGGAGAUCAUCAAGACUGGCAACUGCUCCACUUCAUCCUCCUAUGACAUCAUGCUCAACACGGAGCAGGAUUGGCCGGUGUACGUCAACCCUGGGAUCCUGUUGCUCCUCUACAUCACCGUGGCAAUUGUCCUCAAAUUGGAAAGCCGUUACGCCGCUGAAAAGCAGAAGGAAGCACAGUCAGAGUCCAGUAGGGGGGCGGAAGGGCUCGAGCUCAAGUCCUGGGAGCCCCAGGUGCAGGGCAGUGGGGAUGACACCAAGCAAAUGCUGAUAUCUGCUGGUGAAUCACCAGCAUGUGAAUCUGAGAAAGGUCACAAGAUCAACGGUCCAAGUCACGAAGACCCCGCGGGGCUCAACAGUGCCCCCAGUGGAGAGGAUGGGGAUAACCCCCUCCAUAUUGUGGGCAGAAUGGUUAUGCAGCAGAGCUAUGUGUGCGCUCUCAUUGCAAUGAUGGUGUGGAGCAUCACCUACCACAGCUGGCUGACCUUUGUGCUGCUGCUCUGGGCGUGUCUGAUCUGGAUGGUGCGGGCACGCCGGCACUUUGCCACUCUAUGCUCGCCUUUCAUCCUGCUGUACGGCCUGUCCCUCUGCAUCCUGCAGUACGUCUGGGCGAUGGACCUGGAACCCGAGUUACCGCAGUACUGGGGCACCAUGAGCCUCGGGCAGCUGGGCCUGGACCGAGCCCCCUACCCCUGCCUUCGUCUGGGAGCCAUGUUACUGUACACUCUGACGUUCUGGCUGCUGCUGCGGCAGUCGGUGAAAAACAAUUUCAGUAAGAAACAGAGUGCUGCCGUCCCUCUGCAAGAGGUCACCACUGGAGAGAGCGGUAGGCAGAAGGAGCCAGUACUGAGGGUUCUGGGUAUGAUGGUGAUGAGCUGCUAUGCCAAGUACUGGAUCUACGUGUGUGGUGGGAUGUUCAUUAUGGUCAGCUUCGCCGGCAAGCUGGUGGCUUACAAGAUCAUCUACAUGCUGCUCUUCCUGCUUUGCCUCUGUCUUUACCAGGUGUACUACACUAUGUGGCGGAGGUUGCUGAAGGUAUUCUGGUGGCUGGUGGUGGCCUACACCAUGCUGGUCCUCAUCGCCAUCUACACCUUCCAGUUCGAGGAUUUCCCCGGUUACUGGAAGAACUUCACUGGCUUCACAGAGCAGCAGCUGGCUGACAUCGGCCUGGAGACCUUCAAGCUGUCAGAGCUCUUCAGUAGCAUCCUCAUCCCCGGCUUCUUCCUGCUGGCCUGCAUCCUGCAGCUGCACUACUUCCACCACCGCUUCAUGAAGAUCACUGACCUGGAGCAUGUCACACCCAUCCGGAAGAAGAAAACUGUCCAGAGUUCAGAUGGUUUGAGAGUUGUCGAUGGUUUGGACCUUGAUGAAGAGAAUGCAGAGACAAAUCUAGAGGGUGAUGUGUUAGAAAGUGAAGUGAUCAUGCCCACUAAAUGGGGUCUGGUGAUGGACCGGCUAAUGGUGCUCAUCAGGACUUUCAUGGAGACCCUGACCAAGGUGCAGGUGUUUAUCUGGAGGCUCCUGGAGAUGCACAUCCUGAAGACGGUGGCUUUCUUCAUUGUGUGGGUGGCGCUGGGAGAGCCUUCAGUGAUGAACCUGGUGCUGGUGGUGCUGUGGUCCUUCUCCGUGCCUUACGCCCGCUUCCGUCACAUGGCCUCCUGUCUGUCCACCGUCUGGGUCUGCAUCAUCAUCGUCUGUAAAAUGCUCUAUCAGCUCAGCGUCAUCAACCCCAUUCACUACUCCAAAAACUGCUCUGUGCCAUUUACCAAUGAAACCAAUCUGCAAGAGAAUGAGAUUCUCAGCUCUACUCUAUACAAAGAGCCAGUGGACCCAGCCAACUGGUUUGGCUUCAGGAAGGAUGCCACAGCACUGGGGUACAGUAAGAACCACCUUCUGGUGCUGAUGCUGCUGGUGUUUGAGGCCACAGUGUACCGCCACCAAAUUCACCACUACAAACAGCACCAGUGUUCCCCUCCCCCCAUCCCUGCCAUCUUCCCCAGUGCCUGCAGAGAUAACCUGGACCAAGGCCUUCUGGCAUGCAUCAAAUACCUUCUGAACUACUUCUUCUACAAGUUUGGCCUAGAGAUCUGCUUCCUGAUGACGGUGAAUGUGAUUGGCCAGCGGAUGAACUUCCUGGUCAUCAUCCAUGGCUGUUGGCUGGUGGUGAUCCUGACUCGGCGACGGCGGGCUGCCAUAGCCCAGAUCUGGCCAAAAUACUGCCUGUUUCUGGUCUUCUUUGUGAUCUACCAGUACAUCCUUUGUGUGGGAAUCCCCCCUGCCCUCUGCAUAGAUUACCCCUGGCGCUGGAACACCCCCGUUACCAUCAAUACAGCCCUCAUCAAGUGGAUCUACCUGCCAGACUUCUACACCAUCCCAAACUCCAAAAACCUCAUAGCGGACUUCCUGCUGCUGAUGUGUGCCUCACAGCAGUGGAAUGUCUUUGAAGAUGAGAAGAUUGAGGAGUGGAUGGUGCUGGCUGGAGAGAACACAGAUAACCCAAACCCAAUGGAAGGUAGACCCUUCAACCCUGCACCCAAUUUCAUCAACUGCAGGUGUUACCUGGAUAUGGCUAAGGUGCUGGUCUUCCGCUACAUGUUCUGGCUGGUGCUGUCGGUGGUGUUUGUGACGGGAGCCACGCGGAUAAGCAUCUUCGGCCUGGGCUACCUGCUGGCCUGCUUCUACUUCCUGCUGUUUGGGACCCAGAUGCUGACCAGGCCCUCCAAGAGCAGACUGGUCUUGUGGGACUGUCUCAUCAUGUACAACGUCUGUGUCAUCAUCUCCAAGAAUGUGCUGUCUAUCCUAGCCUGUGUAUUUGUGGAGCAGAUGCAAGCUGGCUUCUGCUGGGUGAUCCAGCUAUUUAGCCUGGUGUGCACCGUCAAGGGCUAUUAUGACCCCAAGGUUGUGAGCGGUCAGGACUGUGUACUGCCCGUGGAGGAGGCAGGGAUCAUAUGGGACAGCAUUUGUUUCUUCUUCCUCCUGCUGCAGAGGAGAGUCUUCCUCAGCUUUUACUUCCUGCACGUGAUGGCCGAACUGCAGGCCGCUGCUCUCCAGGCUUCCCGGGGAUUUGAGUUGUUCAGAGCCAGCAUAGUGAAACGCAUGAGGUUCCACCACCAGGCUGAGCGAAAGUCCCUCACGCAGCUCAAGAGAUCAAUGGAACGCAUUCGAUCCAAGCAGCAAAAAUACAAAACUGGACGUCAUGCCUCUGAGGUAAAGGAAGAGGAUCCAUCAGAAGGAGAGGAAAACACACAUGAGAAAAACUGGUGGCGUCCUUGGCUUGACCAUGCUACAGUGCUGCAUUCUGGCGAGUAUUACCUGUUUGAGUCUGACAGUGAGGAGGAAGAGCUGCUGGCAGAGGACCAUAAGCCCCGAAAACAAAGUGCCUCUCAGCUGGCGUAUCAGGCCUGGGUGACCAACAUCAAAUCGGCCCUGAGGGAUCAUCAACAGCGCCAGAGAGAGCUGCACAGGCUCAGGAGAGAAAGGGAGAGAGAGACCAGCUCCCAGAUAUCAGAAGAUGAUGGAGAGGAAGAGGAGUGUUCUAUACAGGAAGGGGAGGAACCUUGUGAGCAAGGGCGCUCAGGGAGGAGUGAAAUCGUGCAGAGAAUUCUGGAUAUCCUGAAAUUCCUCUGGGUGCUCUUCCAGGCCAUGGUAGAUGGUGUGACUCAGUGGCUCAACCUGCUGACCAAGCAGUACGUGGACACCUCCACCGUGCUGUGUAACCAGCGUUACUUCAUCACCCACAACAUCAGCCAGGAGGACCAUGUGUCCCAGGACAGUGAGACCCCCACCAUGGAGACCUGCUUGGAUGAGAUGGAUGCUGAUAACACGAAAAGCUGCAGCAUGGCCAGUGGAAUUGAACGGGAGGAGGUGAUGGACACAGAGCGCACCACUCCUCAGACAGCUGAAUACAGCAGCACCACCCUCUGUUCAGAACCCACCCUGGAGCUGGAGCCAGAACCAGAACCUCCGACCAGGCAGUGCUCACGACACACCAGGACUGCCAGUGAGAUCCUUGCUGACAGGGAAUUCUUUGUGGAGGAGCUGACGCAGAGCCAGCAGUUCUACUCCUCCCAGAACCGGGCCCUGAAGCUGCUCUUUGCUCUCUACAACCUGUUGGCAGCACACUCGGAGCUGGUUUGCUAUUUAAUCAUUGUGCUGAAUAACGUGGUGACUGCCUCUGCCAUCUCCCUGGUCCUGCCCAUCCUCGUCUUCUUAUGGGCCAUGCUGUCUGUGCCACGGCCCACCAAGAAGUUUUGGAUGACCGCCAUCGUCUACACUGAGGUAAUGGUUGUGGUGAAGUACAUGUUCCAGUUUGGCUUCUUCCCCUGGAACAGUGUGUAUGAGACCAGACUGAAUGAAGACAAGCCUUUCUUCCCCCCUCGCAUCCUGGGCCUGGAGAAGACUGACAACUACAUCCGUUAUGACCUGCUGCAGCUGCUGGCCCUGUUCUUCCACCGCUCCCUGCUCCAGCGAUAUGGUCUAUGGGAUCAGGAGGGCCCCCUGGAGGAGGAGAAUAGCCGGCCAACAGUAGGGGAUGUUGAGCGGGAGGAGCCACAUCUCAGCCCUAGUCCCAGCCUCACUGCACUAGAUGAUGUCAGACCAAUCGAGGAUGAGAGGCCAGAAUAUGAUGAGGCCCAAAGUCCUGCCCCAACACCAGAUACCACCAGCCUCACAGAGAAGGCUGAGAAGGAGGGGGGCAGUGUUCUGCGUUUCAGAAAAAAGAAGCGGAAAAAUGAAGAUGCCAAAGCCAAAAAAGAAUCCAAGAAGAAGCUGAGGGAGAAACGCAGAGAGGCAGCCAAGAAAAAGCUUAAGGCAGCAGGGGAGAAAAUCAAACUCAUGUUCAUCUCUAUUGUACAUAAUGUCUACACACCAAUCCAUGGAUUCUUCUAUGACAUCCUGCAUGCUGAGUAUCGUGCAACAACUGAUGUAUAUGCCCUUAUGUUCCUCACGGAUGUGGUGGACUUCAUCAUCAUCGUCUUCGGGUUCUGGGCCUUUGGGAAACACUCAGCAGCUGCAGACAUCGCGUCCACACUCUCAGAGGACCAGGUUCCCGAGGCCUUCCUCGUGAUGCUGCUCAUUCAGUUCAGCACCAUGAUCAUUGACCGCGCACUCUACCUGCGCAAGACCGUGCUGGGAAAGCUGAUCUUCCAGAUCAUUCUAGUCUUUGGUAUUCACCUCUGGAUGUUCUUCAUUCUGCCUGCAGUCACAGAGAGGAUGUUCAGCCAGAACUCGGUGGCCCAGAUUUGGUACUUUGUCAAGUGUAUCUACUUCGCCCUCUCUGCCUAUCAGAUCCGCUGCGGCUACCCCACCCGCAUCCUGGGCAACUUCCUCACAAAGAAAUACAACCACAUCAAUCUUUUCCUGUUUCAGGGGUUCCGAUUGGUACCGUUUUUGGUGGAGCUUCGGGCUGUGAUGGACUGGGUCUGGACUGACACCACCCUGUCUCUCUCUAACUGGAUGUGUGUGGAGGACAUCUAUGCCAACAUAUUCAUCAUAAAGUGCAGCCGUGAGACUGAGAAGAAAUACCCCCAGCCCAAGGGACAGAAGAAGAAGAAAAUAGUAAAAUAUGGAAUGGGUGGGCUCAUCAUCUUUUUCCUCAUUUGCAUCAUCUGGUUUCCACUACUCUUCAUCUCACUGGUCAGAUCUGUUGUGGGUGUGGUCAACCAUCCAGUAGAUGUUACAGUCACCGUUAAGCUGGGAGGCUAUGAGCCCUUGUUCACCAUGAGUGUGCAGCAGCAGUCUAUUCAACCCUUCACUGAGCAUAAAUACAACAAUCUGACUGCCCAGUUUGGAAAUAACGCUGUGGCCAUGCAGUUCAUCACUCUGUACAGCUAUGAGGACAUUGUGACGGCGAACAUCGAGGGCAGCUCAGGCUCUGUGUGGCGGAUCAGCCCGCCCAGCCGCCAGGAAGUCAUUAAGGAACUGCUGAGCAGCCCGGUGGACAUGACUCUGCGCUUGUCCUGGAACUUCCAGAGGGACUUGGGGAAGGGUGGCACAGUGGAACACGCUUUUGACAAGCACUCCAUUAAUCUGGAGCCCGGGGACCCAGUUCGAGCAGACCUUGCAUCGCUGCUUGUGGGAAACCGCACAGAGGCAGUACGUGUGCCACGCAUGUUCCCAAACUUCAUCCGUGCUCCAACUGGAGCAGAGGCCAAACCUGUCAGUCAGCUAUAUGAAGGUGAUGAGGACGGUUACCAGGACGUGACUCUGGCGCUGAAGAAGGAUCGCUCCAUGAACGGCAGCGGGAUCGUGGAGUGGUGGGACAUCAGCAUUGCUGACUGUGAUCAGUCCCCACAGGGCUGUGGGGUCCUGCCCAUGGUCAUUUUCAAUGAUAAAGUCAGCCCCCCAAGCCUGGGAUUCUUGGCAGGAUAUGGGAUAAUGGGCCUGUACGUCUCGGUAGUGCUGGUGAUUGGGAAGUUUGUGCGCGGCUUCUUCAGCGAGAUCUCGCAUUCCAUCAUGUUCGAGGAGCUGCCGUGUGUGGACCGCAUCCUCAAGCUCUGCACCGACAUCUUCCUGGUGCGGGAGACUGGGGAACUGGAGCUGGAGGAGGAGCUCUACUCCAAGCUGAUCUUCCUGUACCGAUCCCCAGAGACCAUGAUCAAGUGGACCCGGGAGAAGGACUAAGCCGUCCGCCCCCCCUUCCCUGAGCCAUGUGCAGCGAUACGAACCCUCCUGCUGGCGUCUGGCUCCAGUGACUCCUCUUCCCUCCUGUGAGCUGGCACACGUCAGCGGGUAGCGCCGACAGCCAGAGGAGAAGGAUGUUUCUGCUCGUAUAUGCACAAACACUGUCCUGAGCACGGCGCUGGGCAGAUCUGCGAUGAGUCACAGGAGCAGGUCACAUGGCUGACCUUUUGCCUGGUUUCUUCGAGCAAGGGCCUAGCCUGUUACCAUAACGACAGCCUGCUGUGUGCCUCUGUCUCUCUGUGUCAGAUCAUGGCAGUGAAAACUUUGUUUCUUCCUUGCUGAAGCUUGUCUGGAAGACCUGGGAGGAAUUCUACUUCAAAGCAAUGAAUUGUGGAGCCACUAAGUUGCGUAACUUCACAGAAAAAAUGACUGAAUCCUUUUCCAUCCAUCUCUCAGCUGACACUCAAAAGACACAAACAUCUAAAGGUUUAAAGGGAGAGACAGUUUGAAAAAACAAUCAGGAAAAGAAUAUCUGAAACUUCACUUACAAAAGUGCAAAACACCAGACUUGAAGAAGCAUCUUCAAAUGAAAGCUUCACGAUGAUCUGUUUACUGUCUUAUGCAAUUGAUUUAAUGAUGAAGUACUACAGUUUUGUUUCACAUAAAGAAUUUUGCUGUUGCAGAUCUGUCAUAUGUCCAACAUCUUGCUGGUAAACUGUGGAUAGGUGGUACAAUAGAAUAUGUUUUUCAACACAGGAUCUCUGGAAAGUCACAUGCUGGAAUAGAUUUAUUAAUACUAUAACUCUGGAAACAUUUUUGUAAAAAGAGUUUGAAAAAGUACAGUGCCAGUUGUGGUGCCAAACAUUAUGACUAACAUAAUCUUUGUAGGUUAUUUUUCAAAAUUGUUGCAAUAUUGUUGGCUAAGCAAUUAACAUGCACACACACUCACACACUCUCUCUCUCUCUCUCUCUCUCUCUCUCUCUCUCUCUCUCUCUCUCUCUCACACACACACACACACACACAAUAUGAGUUAUUUUAGUCCAGUAGGGACCAAAUAUUCUCCAUCAUUUUACUUUAAACUGAACAUUUUGCACACAGUGUGCACACAGACUACAAGUGAACUUUUGUACUUCUAUAAAUUCAUAUAUUUUUUUCAUUGCUCACUCUUCAGUGACAAAUGUAGCCUUCUUGGAAACCAUCAACUGGUAGACUAAUUAGAAUCAAAAUGCAAUUAACAUCAAUCAAUGUCAAUAUUGUGCAUCACCACAGUAAUAAAUGGCAAUUUGUA